AUGGCCAAACAGAGAAAGAGCUUGCCCGUGCCGCGACUAUCAACGGGCUCGACAAGCUCAUCUUCAGCAGCAUCGAACAUCGAAGUUGGUGGCAGUGCGCGUGAGGGCUCGCUCUCAUCGGCCGCUCUCGCUCUGAUGUCUACACCCCCUACCAGCGUAUCCGAACAAGAUCAUGUCGGGUCAGCAAUCGACAAGGAAGAGAUGAGCGCGACAUCUGCAGCAGACCUGACGCGUCGUGCAUCGUCACGUCGCAAGUCAGGUCCGGCAUCAUACAACCUCGGAGUCCUCUCUGGCGUACGCCGUACUUCUGCCGGUCGCGAGAUGGCCCUGGAGAAAGCUGCUCGCAACUUCUCUGGAGACACACUUGUCGAUGACGCUCCUGGACCUUCGUCCGACACUCCGAACCGCAAGCUCUUGAACGACGGUGUCAAGGCUCUGAACAUGGACUGGGAGAUGGACAACCUGCCUGGUGACAGUGCUUCCGAUCGGCCUGACAGGAAGAAGCGUCGACACAGAUCUUCGAUGGACAUGUUGAUCGAGACGACCGGUCGCGCCCUGGGCAGAGUGAAGAGCGUGCUCGGCAAGCGAGACCGAGAGGCAAGCGAAGCCGACAAGACAGACCGCAGACAGAGUCGCAGACUACUGGCCAUCGAAGGUCCCAAAGACGCAAGUGAGGAGGCACAACAAGACGACGACACCGUCCAUGAGCAAUCAGAACGUGUUGAAAGACCCAGCAAGCUUGCUCGCCUCUCUUCGAGCUUCAGCAUCAACAUGCCACAGGUAUUUUCUACCAAGAGCAAGAAGCCGACAAAGCGCUACGAAACCCAAGGUCUAUACGCAGGUCAAAGCCUUACAAGCUAUGAUGAUCAAUCCAUCCCCAAGACUUCGCGGAAGCCCACUGGCAAAGCUCGUCCUUUGUCAACCUCCUUCCUUCCUGAUGCUACCCAGCCCGAGAAGCGUACUAGUCUUGUCGCCUUGCCUAUGUUUUCCUACCUUGAGAGGGAACGACCUUUCACCAUUCCUUACGAUGUCUUUGCUCCUGUCCACCACCAACGUGGCGAGGAGAAGCCAAAGGACUGGGGCAAGGUUCACAAGAACCGUUUGGUCGGUGACGCCAAAGAAUACUGGAGGAAGCCUCACUACGAAAGAUCUUUGUGUAUUUGCACGCCACCGCUCCCCGGAUCGUCAGAGCCUGGCUGCGGUGAACAUUGUCUCAAUCGUGCAAUGGAUUACGAAUGCGAUUCGAACAACUGUGCUCUUGGAGAUCUAUGCACAAACCGUGACUUCGCUGGACUUGGAGUUCGUACGGAGCGCGCGAACAAGGCUGACAAGAAAUCGGCAUACUAUCUCUUCAAUGCCGGAGUCGAGGUCAUCAAGACCCCAGACCGAGGCUUUGGUGUGCGCGCUUGUAGAUCGUACGAGCCGCACGAGAUCAUUACCGAGUACACUGGCGAGAUCAUCACACCUAACGAGGCUGGUAGAAGAAUUAGAGAAGACUACAAGGAUAAGGCCGACUACUACCAGAUGGAGUUCGAUCAAGGUAUGAUCCUUGAUGCGACCAAGGGCUCUAUUGCCCGGUUCGUCAACCACUCCUGCGAGCCAAAUUGCAAGAUGCUCAAGCGUUUCGUCGGAGGCCAACCACGAAUGGCUCUGUUCGCAGGCGACCGUGGCAUCUUGACUGGCGAGGAACUGACCUACGACUACAACUUUGAUCCUUACUCUGUUAAGAAUGUUCAGGAGUGCCGUUGUGGUGCAACCAAUUGCCGUGGCGUCUUGGGUCCGAGACCGAAGGAUGCCAACAAGCCUGUAACCAAGAAGGAGAAGGAAGGAAUGGCCGCUGGCAUGAAGCGCAAGGUCGGCGAGUUCUUUGGUGCUACCCCUGCAAUCGACGUGGACAAGGAACUUUUCAAGAAGCGCAAGGUUCCCCAGAUGUCCAAGGGUUGGGUCUACGUCGACGACACCAUGGAGAAGACCAGAAUUGAGGAGGCUCGCAAGGACAAGGAGAUUGCACGUCUUCAGAAGCAGGGAAUCCUUCCGGCAGACCUCGAAGUCAAGAAGACCACGACCACCACUACCGUUACCAAAGACAAGAAUGGGGCCAGGCGCUUCGUUCAGAAGGUGACCACUAGGAUGACUGGUCACAGACCUAAGGCCACACCAGAAGCUCCUUCCAAGAAAGUUCAGAAGCUCGGAAGACUCUCGUCCAUCAAGAACAAGGACAGAGAGGCAUCGCGAGUAGAUGACAGCUCCCGAGUGACCAAGCCUGCUCGUCGCAGCAUGGAUAAUAAGAGCAUUCCCAAAGGCUCAAUGAAGGUCAGGGCGGUCACCAAGGAUGCAGCUAAGAUGGCUCGUACUAUGAGAGCAGUCAAGGCGGAGGAUUGA